CUUAAGGCACGAAGGAGAGAAUCAAUAGAAUGAACGACUUGUUAUCGAAUUUGUUCUCGAAGGGAAAGCAGCAGCAACAACAAGAAGGGCAGCACGUGAUUGAAAUAACACAAAGUUGCAUGAACUUGGACAAGUUCUUCGAAGAAGUGGAAUCGGUGAAGGAAGAGCUGAAGGAGCUAGAGCGUCUCCACCUAAGUCUCCGUGCCUCAAACCAAAACGGAAAAGCGCUUCACAGCCCCAAGGGCGUUAGGGAGCUUCGGUCUCGCAUGGACCUGGACGUCGCUCUUGCUCUCACCAAAGCCAAGCUCGUGAAGACUCGCUUGGAGGCUCUCCACCGCGCCAACCAAGCCACCCUCUCCUUGGCCGACUGCGGACCCGGUUCGUACUCCCACCGGACCCGAACCGCACUGGUCGGAGCCUUGACCAAGAAUCUGAAACAGUCCAUGGAGAGUUUUAAUAAGCUGAGGGAGCAGAUAUCGUACGAGUACAGAGACACCGUGCAACGUAGAUACUACGCUGUCACCGGAGAGAACCCUGAUCCUGACACCAUUGAUCUCCUAAUCUCUACGGGUGAGAGUGAAAGUUUCUUACAGAAAGCCAUCCAACAGCAAGGGCGAGCCAGCAUCAUGGACACCAUCCAAGAGAUUCAGGAGAGGCACGGCACGGUGAAAGAGAUAGAGAGAAGUCUACACGAGCUGCACCAAGUGUUCUUGGACAUGGCAGUGUUGGUCCAACAUCAGGGUGAACACUUGGAUGACAUAGAGAGCCACAUGGCGCUUGCAAAUUCCUCCGUCAUCAAAGGUGUGCAUCAUUUGCAGGUUGUGAAGAAUCAUCAGAAAAACACCCGUAACUUGACCUGCUUUGCCAUACUCCUCUUCAUUAUCGUUUUGGUCAUAGUUCUCCCCAUUGUUUUCAGAAGUUGAUCAGGUUUUCAUGUCAAACUGUGUGAUCAUUGAUAGUGGUAGCAAGGUGAAGAGAUGUCAAAGCUCAUUUGACCUUCUU